UCCUAAUUUAGGUAUUUAAUAUGUUGAUUUCAUAAUUUCUUCCACCAAUACACUGCAAAAGAAUAUCCCCAAAUUUUAGUGUAUGCAUAAAUUUGAUGCUGACAAUUUGUAUAAAUUGGUAUCGUCGGAUCAGAUUAUAUUCCUAAACCCAAAUUCUCUUUUCAAUCCUUUACCUUUUUCGUGUAAUUUUCUUCCACGUUUGAUUCCAUUCCCAAUAUCUUCUCCACCAAAUUUCUCAAAUUAGCCUGAAAUCGACCUCGUAAUAUUGAAACAAGCAAUGAAAUUUGGGAGGGAAUUUAGGAUUCACCUUGAGCAAACCCUACCGGAGUGGAGGGACAAAUUCUUGCGCUACAAGCUGUUGAAAAAGCUGCUGAAUAGUAUUGCUCCCGCCGCCGCUUAUCUGCCGCCGCGCCUUCCGUUACCGGAGUUUCAGGUCUGGUUUGUUGCGAUUCUCACCGGGGAAAUUGAAAAGUUCAACGAUUUCUACGUCGGCAAGGAGGAGGAUCUCAUCAUCCGUUUCCAGGCCCUCAAGGAGACAAUUGAGCGAGUGCAGGUGAGAGAUCAUUCAUUGUUUACCUCAGAGACUGGAAUUGAGAUUAUGACAGAGAUACACAAAGACUUGGUUGCGAUUCAUGGAAAGAUGGUUCUUCUCAAAAGCUACAGCUCUCUUAACUUUGCAGGCCUUAUCAAGAUAUUGAAGAAAUAUGAUAAACGAACUGGGGCAAUGCUAAGCAUGCCUUUCACUCAGCUUGCUUUCCAUCAGCCAUUCUUCAUAACCGAACCUCUAACAAGGUUAAUCCACGAGUGUGAGGCAAAACUCGAGUCUCUGUUCCCUCUCGAAGCAGAGGUGGUGGAACCAUCGACUGAAGUUGCAGUGGACCAUGCAGGCACAAAUGCUUCUUUAGAGACGACGUUGCUGCUCGUGGAAGAAACUGUAGAUGUAUACCGGAGCACCCUUUCUGCAAUAAACACUAUAGAGGGCCUUAGAAAGCCGAGCUCCACAUACAAUGAUUUAUCCAUGUCGUAUCUCUUUGGGAAACGCAAUGAUGAAAGUGCAGGUGAUGUAACUGCAGAAAACUCGCCAUGCAACUCUUUUGUAGAUGAAGAAGAUGAAAAGGAAGCAGAAGAUGUCCGUUUCCCUCAAUAAAGUUCUAACCUUUUUUGUUUUGGUUUACACACAGUUAGCUGAUCCUACCAGAAAUUGACUGUAUCCAUAUCAGUCAACUGAGUUCUCAGAAAUUAUGUGUGAAUACAUAGUAAUGCAAUAACCUUUUGAUAGAAUGUUGCUACUGGUGAAAUAAAAGUUCUUGUUUUUUCA